AUGAAGUCUCCAAGGAUGAGAGUCUGUGCUAGGUCAGUCUUGCUGUCGCACUGGCUCUUGCUGGCCUACGUGUUAAUGGUUUGCUGUAAGCUGAUGUCCGCCUCCAGCCAGCACCUCCGGGGACAUGCAGGUCACCCCCAAAUCAAACAAGGGACGUGUGAGGUGGUCGCAGUGCACAGGUGCUGUAACAAGAACCGCAUAGAGGAGAGAUCACAAACGGUCAAGUGUUCUUGCUUCCCAGGACAGGUUGCUGGCACAACUCGGGCUCAGCCUUCUUGUGUUGAAGCUUCCAUUGUGAUUCAGAAAUGGUGGUGUCACAUGAAUCCUUGUUUGGAAGGAGAGGAUUGCAAAGUGCUGCCGGAUUACUCAGGUUGGUCCUGUAGCAGUGGCAAUAAAGUCAAAACUACAAAGGCAAGUAUAGACAAAACACAACUGUAA